AUGCUGCCGUUCCAAAGAAGUCCCAAAACCUCCCACCUCCCCAGAGAGAAAGAGAGAGGAGGGGAGGAGGGCAAUGGCCGACAUCAUAAACUCUUCGGAACUCAGGAAUUUCCUGCCGUUCCGACUCACGGAGGUCAGUUCAUUCAGUACAACAUAUUUAACCACCUCUUCGAGAUCACCUGCAAGUACCGCCCUCCGAUCAUGCCGAUCGGUCGCGGCGCUUACGGAAACGUUUGCUCGGUGUUGAAUUCCGAGACGAACGAGAUGGUGGCGAUGAAGAACGUUGCCGAUGCUUUUGACAAUUAUAUGGUUGCUAAGCGCACGCUUUGGCAGAUUAAGAUCCUUCGCCAUUUGGAUCACGAAAAUGUAACACAUGUUACUCGUUUGCUGGUUAAUUACUUGGAAGUUUCAUUUCAAGAGAUCCUUCGAGGACUGAAAUACAUACAUUCUGCCAAUAUCAUUCAUGGAGAUUUGAAACCCAGCAACCUCUUGCUGAACGCGAAUUGUGAUCUGAAGAUCUCCAAUUUUGGUCCUCCUCGGCCAUCUUUCGAGAAUGGGUUCAUAAAAGAGCGUGGUUUCAGCGGAUGGUACACGGCACCUGAGCUAUUGUUGAACUCUUCAGAGUAUACUGCUGCUGCAGAUGUGUGGUCUGUGGGAUGCAUCUGUAUGGAGCUUAUGGAUAGAAAGCCUCUAUUUCCCGGCACAAGUCGGGUGGACCAGUUGCGCUUGUUGACCAAGCUUCUUGGGACACCCACUGAAUUAGAUCUGAGGUUUGUUCCGAACGAGGAUGUAAGAAAAUACAUCCGGCAGCUUUUUGAAUAUCCUCGACAGGAACUAUCAAAUAUGUUCCCGCACGUCCAUCCGUUAGCCAUUGAUCUUGUUGACAAAAUGUUGGUUUUUGAUCCCACUAGAAGAAUUACAGUUGAGGAAGCGAUAGCUCAUCCUUACCUUGCUUAUUUUCACGACAUAGCUGAUGAACCAGUCUGUCCGAGGCCAUUCUCCUUCGCUUUUGAAGACUCCUUGGGAGAAGAACGGAUGAAGGAUAUGAUUUACCAGGAGGCUUUAUCUCUCAACCCUGGGCAUGCAUAA